CGACUUCUUCUCUGCAACACCCCGCACGGCAACGUCCCGUCCUACCUGAACUCCUCCCCGGCACACCUGCCGGGGGCAUUCACCCGAGCCAAUGAUGACGAGCAGGUUGGAGAUGUUCCUGUCCUCUCUGCCACUACCGCGUACCCGGGCCGGGAUACGACACGUCGACUGGCUGUUGCUUAUCUGGUGUAAGCUUUGACGAAGCAGGCACACCGAAUCUGUGAUGUCCCUUGUGCCACCCCAUUACCCAUUACCCGUUACCCAGGAUCAUCCAGAAUCCGGGGUGAGGAUGACGUCCGGGCAGAAAGAAUGUCCUCCGACUGGGAUAAACAAAUAACACACCCUCUCCGUCCCUCCCUCUUCACUUCCCUUCACUUCACUUCACUCCAACCAACUCCUCAUCACUGUCUCUAGCUACUCUUCUUACACCUAGUAGAGCGUCCAAGCCUGUACUGUCUGUCGCAAUGGCCGGCCCCACGCUUGAAAAGACCUCCAAGGGCGACGAGACGGGCAGCACAGAUGAAAAGGCCGCGGCAACCACUGUCGAGGACAACAAGAGGCUACAGAGAAACCAGCCGCCCGAGUUCAUCCGAAACCUGGCUCCGGAGGAGCGAGAGCGGUUGGAGAAGCUCCUGAAGAGGAAGCUCGACUAUCGGAUCCUCCCCGCAAUCAUCAUCAUGUAUAUCAUGAACUAUAUUGACCGGAACAACAUCGCUGCUGCACGACUGGCAGGCCUCGAGCGAGACCUCCACCUGUCAUCCACCGAGUUCCAGACGGCCGUGAGCAUUCUCUUUGUCGGGUACCUGCUCAUGCAGAUACCUUCCAACUUGUUUCUCAACAAGUUUGGGAAACCGGCCAUCUACCUCCCGGGAUGCAUGAUCAUCUGGGGAAUCAUCUCAGCACUGACAGCCGUCUGCUCGAACGUCUCCGGUCUGCUGGCGAACCGUUUCUUCCUCGGCAUCGUCGAAGCCGCCUAUUUCCCAGGGUGCCUUUACUACCUCUCGUGCUGGUACACGCGAAAGGAGCUUGGCUUCCGCACCGCCGUCUUGUACUCGGGCGCCCUGAUAUCCGGUGCCUUUUCUGGUCUCAUCUCGGCGGGUGUGACAUAUGGCAUGGAUGGCACGCGCGGCCUGGGCGCCUGGAGGUGGCUGUUCAUCAUCGAAGGCGCGGCCACGGUUGCCAUUGCCAUGUGCUGCGGCUUUGUGUUGCCUAACUUCCCGCGCACAACUAAAUGGCUGACGGAGGAGGAGAAGACCUUGGCUGUGUGGCGACUUCAGGAGGACAUCGGCGAGGACGACUGGGUUAACAGCGAGGAGCAAACCUUCUGGAAGGGCGCAGUCCUCGCCUUCUCGGAUCUCAAGACGUACAUCCUGCUCGUCCUGCUCUUUUGCAUCGUGUCCAGCGGGUCUGUCACCAACUUCUUCCCGACGGUGGUGAACACGCUGCAGGAGGGGGCGCUGUCGUCCUCGAGCCGCCGCAGCAGCGUCGUGUCCCUGUUGCUGACGGCGCCGCCGUACGUGCUCGGCGUCAUCGCCACCUACCUCAACGCCACGCACGCCGACAAGACGGGCGAGCGCUACUGGCACAUCACGAUCCCGCUCUGGGUGGCCGUGGCGGCCUACAUCAUCGCCGCCACCACGACGCAGGUGGCGCCGCGCUAUCUCAGCAUGAUGCUCAUGGUGCCCUCGGUGUACAGCGGCUUCGUCGUCGCCCUGGCCUGGAUUAGCAACACGAUGCCGCGCCCGCCCGCCAAGCGCGCGGCCGCGCUGGCCUUCAUCAACGCCGUCAGCAACUGCAGCAGCAUCUACGCCUCGUACAUGUACCCCAAGAGCGCCGAUCCGCAGUACACGGUGGCCAUGGUCGUCAACUGCGUGACCGCCUUCGUCGCCAUCUGCGCCGCCACCGUGAUGCGCAUGGUGCUGGUGCGGCUGAACAGGAAGUUAGAUGCCGGCAUCUGGGUCGAGGGGGCCAUCAACGCUGUGCCUGGCGAGGGUGUAGUCAACGGCUUCAGGUUCAAGGUUUGAGAGGGGAAACUUCGGGGAGGGGAGAG